GUCGUUCGGUUAUAGCUAAAUACCUAUUUUGCCAUCGAACAGUCAAGAAAUUAUCAGAUUCACCCUCUGAAUUUCAAAUUCUAGAACCGCGCUUUAUCUCCUCUUCCUUUCUUUCCUUCUUUGGAUCCAUCAUCCCUUGGUCUGUAUCUCUCUCGAUCUGUCAUAGUCAAUUCAAAAAUUCCAUUUUCUUUUUCUUUAAUUUUGUUCGCCGUAAAUGGAAACUGAAACUCGUUGCUAUUGAAGAAGAAGAAGAAGAGAAAUGUCGACGAUUGAGAAAGUGUUGGUUCAGAUCUUUGAGAGGAAGAAUCGAAUAAUCGACCACGUGAAGCAGCAAAUCCUUUUCUUCGAUCAUCAACUCGCCUCCAAGUGUCUCAUCGAUGGCUUUGUUCCACCUCCUUGGCUCCUCUCCUCUUCUACUUCCAAGUUGAAUAAAGAAGAUCUUAUCUCAGGACUCCUACUUCCACAGUCACAGGCUUCAAUUCCUUACUGUUCUCUCUAUCAACAGCCAGUUGUUACAACUGAUAACGUUCAGUUACCCCAUAUUUUAUGCUCCCGAAUUGAUGCUUCAAAUGAAGGCUUAGAUCAGUGCCUUCCUGGUAAAGUUGAUGAGCUGGACCCUAGUGUUACUUCUCCUCCUCAAGAUUGUAGAGAUGGAAUGAUGUCAGAUGUUUGUCCUGAUCAUUGUUCAUCACUGGCAAGAAUCCAGAGAUCUAAGUCUAGGCAACGGGCUUUGGAGCAUCGAAACGGUGCAAAAGCAUGUAAAAACAAUGAAAGCUGUGAGAAGAAGGGUAAUUCUUCCAAUAAUCAAAACAAAGGGUCCGAGGUUGCUUCUUUACAGUCAGAUGUUGUGGAUAAGUUGGAAUUGAUUAGAUCUAGUGAUAUUGUUGUGACUCAUGAGGUGGAAAAGGUAGAGAGAGGGCAAUGCAGGAGCAAGGAAAGGAGUGAAAAUGUUUAUUCAGGUAGAGUAACUAGAUCACGAAGUUCAAUCCAUCCUUCCAUGUCUGAGAGUGGGCCUUCAGGUACAGGCAACGACUCCUUUGUUGCAAAGCAGGAUAAUGUUGUCAGUAGUGAGGUGGAAAAAGGAGAAAGAGUGGAAUGCAGGAGCAAGGAAAGGACUGAAAAGGUUUACUCUGGUCGAGUCACAAGAUCAAGAGGUUCAGCUCAACCUUCAAAGUCUAUAAAUGGGCUUUCAGGUGCAGGAAACACUUCUUCUGUUGCUAAGCAGGAUGGUGUGGUACUCACAGACUCCAUCAGUGAAUCAAGACAACAGCUUGGUGUUUUUCAAGAGUUAUUGGAAUCAAAAUUUGUGGGACCUGUUCAUGCUGUAAGUUUAGGAGUGAAAACUGAAGAAGAAGGUCAACUCCAAAGUAAGGCAAGGGGUGAAGAUAUCUACUCUGGUAGACUCACAAGGUCAAGAAGUUCUGUUCAACAUCCAAAAUCUGAUUAUAGUCCACCAGGUGCAGGCAAGAGUUUUUCUGUUGCAAAGCAGGAUGGUACUGUGCUUACAGAAUCCAUUAACAAAUCAGGACUACAGCAUGAUGCUGCUGAUAAGUUAUUGCAAUUUGUCAAACCAGUUGAUGUUGUAACUUGUAUAGUAGAAAAGGAAGAAAGAGGUCAAUGCCAGGGCAAGGAAAGAGGCAAAAGCAUUCACUCUGUUAGCAUCAAAAGAGUUAGACAUUCUGCCCAACCUCCCAAGUCUCUCAAUGGGUUUUCAUGUGCUGGCAAAAUUUCUGAUGUUGCAAAGUGUGAUGGUCAGCACAAUGUUGUUGAUGAAUUACUGGAAUCAGUAAAGCCUUCUGCUAUCUCGGCUGGAAGUUGUGGUUCCAAGGAAGCAAAUGAUCCCCAAAGUAGCGAAAAGAAUGUUUGUCAAGGAAGAUUGAAAAGAUCCAGAAGUCAUAGCCAACAGCAAAACUGCGAGAAUAAACAUUUAAAGUUGGAUAGCAAUCCUGACAGCAGCACUGAUGAUGGCAUUUGCAAAUCAAUGCAGGUGGCCUGCCUUACUCAUGAUCUUAAGGAGUUGAUUAAGCCUUGUGAUAUCACUGAUGAAAGUUGUGGAAUAAAGGCCAAAGCAAGUGACAACCAUACAAAGUUGAGUACUGUUGUAGACCAAUAUAAUGAUGGUAGUACCAGAUCAAGAGCUAACCGUAGUGCAAAUAUGUUUAAACAUGUUGAUUCUAAUGCUCUGGAGUCUGCAGUUAAACAGUCCACAUCAAAAGCUUCCAAUAAGCCGCCAUACGCAAAGUCAUCAGGCAGGUCCAAAGGAAUUGAAUUUAAGGAUCUUUCUGGUACUCAAGUUAAUCCCCUUCCUUGUGCCAAUGACAGUGGUCUUGCUGAAUUGAAUCAAUGUGACACAAUUGUUGCCGACACUGAAGCAGAUUCUGAUGAAUUAGUUGAGGCACAUUCAGCUAGUUCUGCAUCUAACUUGAAUGGUGUUAACGAUCCUCUUCUUGCAAAAACAUUGAAUAUGCACGACAGAGUUGACUUGGAAAGAACGAGCCCACACUCUGAGUCUGCUAUGAUGGUGUUACCCAAGCAACUUGAUUUUGAUGAUUUGGGAGAGAGCACCUUGAAUGAGGCUUCUAGUCUUAUAUCAGAGCGUGAAGAAGUGAUCAACUCAUUGGAGAAAAGGUUUCUUACACGACUACCUUGUGCAGAUAAGCUGGAUGAAGUAACUUCUGAUCUUUACCAAGAAAAAUACAACUCAUCCCAGGAAAAGCUGUUGAACCAAGAAGCUAUUAGAGAAAAAGAGAAAGAGUCUGAAACAGAUUUGAACAAGACAUCUGGACUGGGCAGAACUUCUAAUUUAACUGUUGUGUCCUUAGUAAGAGAAACACCUGAGGCUUCUACGGAUGCUGUAAGAAGUAUUCUGCCUGAAAGCAAUGAAAUCUCUGAACAAAAACCUUUAAUGGAAGAUCUUUCAACUACCUUUAAAGUUUCUAAUGAAAAUUUGUUUGGAAACUCACUAAAGGAUGCAGCAGGAUCUAGUUUAAAUGUUGAUACAGGGAUGGAAUAUCUCUUUAAGGACUAUGGGAAGCUUGAAGAAGAAAAUUCUGUGAUGUCAACCCAAAAAGCAAGUAAUCUGAAUACUGAUUUAUGUGGUUGUCCUGCAAUUUUGGCAGAUACUGAUUUCACUAGAGUUUGUAGCCCUGCCCUGCUAAGAAAAGUAUCUGCAACUUCCAGUGAUGCUAGUGAGCAUCCUUGUGCUGCACUACUUGAAGAAACUACGGGUCAUUCUCUGAAGCAGAAAAUGGAGCCAAGUCUGGCUCAAUACCAAGAUGCAGAUUCAAUGGGAAGAUGUAUUGCUGAUGACAUUGAUUCCGUUCUAGAUCGCAAACAUGCAAAAUCAAGUGAAAACAAGGUUGCAACUCAAUCCAUACAGCCAGGUAGACACUUUGGCACCGACAUGGAAGGUUCAUGGUCUUAUAAGCGGAGGAAGAUUGAAGGUCAACAAAGUAAUUCCCUGUCUUUGUCAUCAAGCUCGAAGGGGGAAGAUAUUAUGCUAUUAAAUGCUGAUACGUUUCUAGCUGAUGAAGAAGAUCAGAAUGCGGGGAAAUGUAAUUGGAAAGAGAAGGGUGGAAAUGAAAGCCCCCCAUCCAACUUUAUGCAUAAAAAAAUUGAUGCGACUUCUAUCUCAAGUUUGCCACAAGAGACCCUUGAAAGUAUUGAAGAUCACUCAGUGGAGGGAACAAGAGCAGUAGAUCCUUCCAGCACAAUGUUUAGUUCAACAAGGAAAUGCACUGCAGAUGAGAACAAAGUACUAUUGAAUGUUGGCUAUAAAUCAGAAUUUGGCAAUAUUGAACAUUUUACUUGUGACGGAAGGAGCAAGCAAGAAAGUAAAUCUCAACUUGGAGAAGAUGGUGUUAGUUCUCCAUGUCGACAACCUACAGACUUGACAAUGUCUGAACAAAGCAGACCAGAAGUUGAGGGGUUCAUUAUUCAGACAGAUAGUGAACAAGUAUUCAUUGAUGGCGAAGGAAUUAGCUUUCACAGUCUGGACCUUCCAAAGACUACAAUCGAAUGUGCUGGCCUCCUGGAGCAGCUUUGCAAGUCUGCUUGCGUCCAUACCCCAUUAUCCCAACUUCCAACCACAUAUAGAUGGCAGCGAACAACUGACCUUUACCAGUCUGUUCCUAAUGGACUUCUAGAAUGCAUGAACCUGAACAGCACCCUUCUCAACAAUGAUGCUUUGAAAGGUCAACUUAAAGUAAGCACCAGUUGCUUUGGUGAGGAUAUCAACCAUGCUUUUCUUGGAGGAUCCUUUUCAGAUUGCUUGCCGUUUUCUAGUUCUCGAGUUACUGGAGAUGGGAAGAAACCAUAUCUUUCUCCUAUUGGUAAACUCUGGGAUAAAAUCACAUUGAACUCUGGCAGUUCAGAGAAGCGAGGUAGCUUAAAUCCUGACCUGCCCUGCAUUAGUGAAGAAAACGAGAACAUGGAUGAGGCAGUUGAUACAUUUGAGGAAGAUGCAGCUUUCGAAGUUGAGGCUUGUUCUGGAAAAAGGGAAGCACUUGCUGAGAUUAAGGAAUGUCCAAAUGUUCCUGCAGCAGUUUCUGAAAGCGAACAAUUUACUGUUAGAGAUAGUCUAGACUCUGUGAACACAACCUACAGCUUCUCUAGGACUGAGAACGGGAUCAAGCAGAAGGUUGGAAAACACAAUGCCAGCAAGAGGAGAGACACAAGUAAGUUGAAACAGAACCGGAGUCUGCUGCCAGGGGCUAAUGGUACCAAAAGGGCAAGUGAAUCACUUCGUAAUAGGUUCAGUAAACCACAAUUAUCUGAGAAAACCAGCCUGAGAAAAGGUGGGCCAAGUUUCUCACAGAAGGAGUUAAAGGUCAAUAAUAUAGUUUCUAACGUCACUUCGUUCAUUCCAAUUAUUCAGCAAAAACAAGCAGCUUCCGUUACCACUGGGAAGAGGGAUGUUAAAGUGAAGGCUCUAGAGGCUGCUGAAGCUGCAAAAAAACUUGCUGAAAAGAAAGAGAACGAUCGAAAGAUGAAGAAGGAGGCCUUAAAACUUGAACGAGCAAGGUUGGAGCAAGAAAAUUUGAGGCAGUUGGAGCUUGAGAAGAAAAAGAAAGAAGAAGAACGGAAGAAAAAAGAGGCUGAUAUGGCUGCUAAGAAAAGACAGAGGGAAGAAGAAGAAAGGUUGGCGAAAGAGAGAAAGAGAAAACAUAUGGAUGAAACACGGAGGCAGCAGCGUGCUCCUGAAGAGAAGUUGCGUUCAAAGAAGGAUGAGAAUGAAGAAAAGCGCCAAGCCCUGGUUGGGAGAGCACAAACAACGAAGGGUCCUAGUGAUGAAGCAGCAAAAUAUAAGAAAGUGCAAAAAGAAAUAGCAGGCGGGAAUGAAGGAAAAAAGUCAGAGAUGGAAUUUAGCACAGCUGUUGCUUCAACUUCUGUAAAGGCAUGCACAGCUAUUGAAGAUAAUAAUACAAAGGUAAUGAGCACCAUGGAUAGAGGAAGAGGGAACAAUAGCCUGAUUGCAGAUACAAGCCAGGAACAAUCAUAUGAUAUUUCGCCAUACAAAGUUUCUGACGAUGAAGAUGAAGACGAUGAUGAACCGAACAACAAAUUUGUUCCAUCAUGGGCCAGUAAAAAUCGUGUGGCUCUUGUUGUCGCUUCCCAGCAACGGUUAGAUCCAGAAGUAAUAUUCCCCCCAGGAAGCUUUUGUAGCAUUUCUGAAGUUCUCUUGCCAAGAAAGCUCCAGCAAUAUCGAGUGAGUUAGAUAGAAUGGUACAGUUUUGAAAACCGUAGUAUCUUCAGCCGACUCAAUGACAGCUCUUCUGAGAAUAGAAAGAGCGAGUAGAGAGAAUUCUUGGAAGAGUAACAAGCAGGAGAUUUUAAAAACUAAAAGAACAAUGUGGCAAAUGAUGUAAAUUGUAGUUGUGCCAGCAUCAGUUAUGCUAACUGUUUUAGACCUGGCAAAAUUCCAAGUCGCCAAUAUGCUAAUGACUGUUCGUCUAAUCCAAUCCCUCACUGUUUAAUGAUACAAAACAGUGAAUAAACUGAGCUCCAUGGAAGUAGUUGCGAUGAUAGCAAUGUCUUACAAUUUGAAGCCUAGAUAGGCCCAAAAUGAAGAGUUCUUGGACCUUUAUAAGCACUAAAGGUGGGAGAAGAAUGUUGAAAUUGUUUAUUUGGCUGUACUUUGAAAUCCAUUGGUGUAAUAUCUCGGUUCUUAUACCACUGAUAAUGGUUUUUAUUUUUUAGGCAGAGUGAACAUGUGAUGUGAUGUGAUGUGAUGAUGUUGGAGCAUCGCAACCUUCAAAAUUUUCUAUUCGUGUAACGGCUCAAUGACGUGGAUUUGGAUUUGGGUUAAGGUUUGGAAUUGGACCCAAUGCUCACAUCACAUGUCUUUUUGUCAUCAUAUUAUUGAUUUCCAAAAUAAUAUCGGAUUUCAUUGUUUUGUCGGCUUA